AUGGCUCGUCUUCUUGUUCUCCUGAACUCGGCAACACUGUUGCUCUUAGGCAGUGACAUGUUUUUGGUGGGAGCGAACCGUCCACCUGCCCCAGUCAAUGUGUCCAUCCUGCAUCUGAAGGCAGACUCAGCUACAGUGUCCUGGGAGGUGCCGGAGGGUGAUGUCAUCAUUGGCUUCUCCAUAUUACAACAGAGUCAGGACGGUCAGAUGCAGCGCUUCAUCCGGGAAGUGAACACCACGAGCCGGGCCUGUGUGCUGUGGGACCUGAAGGAGGAGACGGACUACAUUGUUCAGGUCCAGUCCAUCGGACUGUACGGUGAAAGUCAGGCCAGCAAAAGGGUCCACUUCAGAACUCUGAAAAAGACUGACCGCUUUCCGUCCAACAGUUCCAACCAGGAUGACCCCACUGUUCAAGGCCUGGACAAGUCCAGAAACCUGCAGACCGGAGAGAUGAUCAUAAUUGUGGUUGUUCUGCUCAUGUGGGCAGCGGUGAUCGCCCUUUUCUGUCGCCAAUAUGACAUCAUCAAGGACAACGACCCGAGCGCCAGUAAAGAGAAGGCCAAGCCAUUUUCGGAGAGGAGCACGCCAGAGCAUCACAGCGGAGGGCUUCUCCGCAGCAAGUUUCAUCAGUCAGUACCAUCAAUCAACAUCAUCGAGGUCUAA